AUGCCUGAAUUUGAUCGGAAACUUGGUGCACCUGCAAAAAGGAUGGCUCCAUUGGUGACCUUGCAGAAGAAGGUGUAUAUGUCAAUACUAAGAAGAGAGCUUCCUAAGCUUCUAGCAUUGUCUUCUGGAACUUUUAGCCAUCAAUCCUUGGAGAAUAUUGUAAUACAACUACGUAAAGCAGGUAGUCAUCCUCACCUCUUUGCUGGUAUAGAGCCAGAACCAUAUGAAGAUGGUGAACACUUGGUUCAGGCAAGUGGCAAACUGGACUAUAUGGAGUUGAGAAAAUACCCUUAUGAUCGGCUUGAUGGAUCCAUCAGAGCUGAAGAGUGGUUUGCUGCAAUACGGAGUUUUAGCCGAAAGUCCGGAAUUGGAAAUUCCAAUUCCGAAGCUGAUUCCGACUCUGCAUUUGUCUUCAUGAUUUCCAGCAGAGCAGGGGGUGAUGGGCUGAAUCUUGUAGCUGCUGAUACUAUCCGUGAUGAAGGCACAAAAUGGUCAUUUCCUAUUCAAAUUGAGAAGGAAGACACCAUAUUUCUUGUUUUGAAGGAGGAAGAUGGCACUCCGGAAAUUUGAAGGACUGGAAUUCGAGGCUAUGAAGAGGGAUCAUGUUUCAUUGUUGUACUCCGUCGUGGACCAAGAUAUGGCCCCAUUAGG